CAGCUGGUCCAAAUGAUGGACGGAGUGGAUCUCACACACAUCACAUCCCCUUUUAAAAAGGGUAAUUUCGACCUUCCUGCCAUCGUCCAAUGAAAAGCGAGCGGCGGCCAGCUGAUGUUUACAUGGCAACCUUUCAAAACGUCGGAUGCAUAAGAUACAUCGACGAGAGGAAUUCACUCACCAAACGCUACCAAUAGAAAGAGGAAAGUCUCCUCUUAAAGAUAGAGAUUUUUUACUACAAAAAACAGAAAAUAGCACGCUCGCAAGAAGGUUUUCCAAGCUCGAGAAUGGAGGUAGCAACCCAUCAAGCGCUGAGAUGCGCAGAGAAUCUCACGCUGCCUACUGUUCAGGUGAUUGUCAUGAGCGCUAACAUGGGCUGCAGUCAUUGCCGUCAAAGAGUUUCUCAUGUCAUUUCCAAGAUCAACGGUUUGCUUGAUUAUGUAGUGGAUGUACGCAAUAAAGAAGUUAUUGUGAGGGGGGCCAUUGGUUUAAAGAAUGGGCCUAUAGAUUUGAAGAAAAGGAAACUGGGUGGGGUCCACUAUUCAAAUGGCAUGAAGGAUGGAAAAAGCCCACAUGUUUUUCAGCUGUAUUUGCAACGCUUCUUUUCUAACUCUUGUUUCUGUGGUGUAAAAAAGAAAUAGAAGUAUUGGGACGAUACAAAUAGCCAAUAUGCGUAUAGUAUGGAUGUGUGCCAACGGCCACUUUGGAUGGCCCACCACCCAAGAAUCUCAUUAAAUGGAUGAUCCUAGCUGGCCGGUUGGUGGGCAUGAAAUGGAUGGACGGUUAAAAUAGAAAACAGUCGGUUUGUCCAAAAUCA